AUGUACUAAAUAAAUUAUAAUUAAGACCAUCAGCUUAUAUAUAUAUUUGGCUCUUUCUGACAUGUUUUUUUUUCAGGCCCGUUAUGGGUUCGGCCCAUAAUGGGGCGGCUAGUUGAAGGACGAUGUCCAAAAUAUCCGGAAUCCCCGAGCGAUCGGGAGUUGGUCUGUCUUGAAUAUGUUGAAUUUGGAUGGGUUGAAAAUUUUCAAGGAUUUUCAAUUCGUCCAGAUUCGUUCCCGGAUCCCCUAGAGCAGAAGGCCGACACGUUAAUUGCUCUGUCAUCCGGCCGGCAACUAUUUUAUAUUUUAAAAAAUUUGAUAAUUAGUAAUAUAUUUAAAAUAAAAAUAUAUCCGGAAAUGAGCGACAAAAUAGUUUAGAAUAGAUUUGAUAUUUUACGCUAUACGAAGUAUAAACUGUGUAAAUAAUUUGUAAAAAAAAUUCCCGUUAAAAAUCUGACGGCAGAUGGCACUAUGUGCAGAGUGGUGUAUCUAAUAUGGGACGUAAUGAUUAGUGGUGUGUUGUUUUUCUUAUGUUAUUACGUAAUUCCUCGAGAUAUUGGUGUUUCGUCAUGUUCAGAAAUAAUCAGUGAGUAUUAAGAAGAUAUUUAGUGAUUAACUUUGUAAUUGAAGGAAGAAGCAAGAUGCAUGAAGCAUAUCAGCCCAUCAAAAUUUUGAAAAAUCUGCCCGUCCAGAUCGAAUCGCUAGCAGCUUAUGAAGAUAACCUGUUGGUUGCUACUAAACAAGGCCACCUCCUUGUUUAUAAAGUCGAUAUGAAUGUAAAUCCGUCCAAAGAUAACUAUGCCAGGUUGGUGAGGUCCAGCAAAGGUUUUGCUAAGAAACCCAUUACUCAAAUAGAAGUAGUGCCAGAUGUUCAGAUAUUGAUUAGUCUUUCAGAUAAUACAAUAAGUGUUCACGAUUUAAUUCAUCCUAAUUUUCAAAUUCUGACCACCAUUUCGAGAACUAGGGGCGCCACGUUGUUUGCCUUGGACAUACAGAAGCAGAAGACGCUCACCGGAGAGAUGCAGUGCACCGUCCGAAUGUGCGCGGCUGUCAGACGAAAGCUUCAGUUGUAUUAUUUGAAGAACAGAGAAUUCUUAGAAUUGACGAAUGAUUUGGGCGUGCCGGACGUUCCCAAAGUGAUCGCCUGGUGUGGAGAGUCUCUUUUCGUGGGUUUCAAAUCCGAAUACAGUCUUAUUAAGUUGACUGGGGACCACAAGGAUCUCUUUCCGAUGGGUAAGAGUCCGGAACCGCUCAUAUUACGCUUGGAAAACGAUCAGUUUGCGCUGAGUAGAGACGAACACAUGUAUAUAGUUGAUUCGGGAGGUAAUCCGACUCUGAAGUUCGGGAUCACUUGGGCGGAGAUACCGAUAGCUCUGGCCAGCGAUCCUCCUUACAUUUUGGCCAUUCUGCCCAAUUCCGUGGAGGUGAGAACUAGCGAGAGGCGGAUGCUCAUUCAGAAUAUUGAGAUGAAAGGACCGAGAAUAAUAGUUCCUUGCAAGAAAGGUUUUAUAUUUAUUGCAUCUUUAAAUACCGUUUGGUGUCUUUGCGCAGUUAAAUUACAAAAUCAAAUACAUCAGUUAUUAAACGAAAAAGAGUUUGAAUUAGCCAUGAGACUUGUAAACAUGACAGAUUAUUCUUACGAUUUAAAGCAACAUUAUAUUCAACAUAUUCAAAAUCUAUAUGCGUUCGAUUUAUUUUGCAAAGGGGAAUUUAAAGAAGCCAUGAGCAUAUUUCUAAAGUUAGAAACGGAUCCUUCGCAUAUAAUAGGAUUAUUUCCCGAUCUGUUACCUAAAAAUUACGUUAACAAACUAGAAUAUCCGGAUAAAUUAACCGAAUUUCAUGGUAUCGAUCUAGAAAACGGUCUUCUUUCUCUAACAGAAUAUUUAAUACAAGUUCGGCACGAACUUAUGGGAAAUUCAAGAGAGGAUUUAUCAUCUCUGACGAGCAUUAAGGAAGGAAUUAAAACAAUUUCCUCCAAGAAACAGCUUUUAGAAAUAAUUGACACUUCUCUCCUGAAAUGCUAUCUGCAAACAAACGAUGCUCUUGUUUCUUCUUUACUAAGAGUUCAAGAUAAUCAUUGCAAUGUAGAAGAAUCCGAAGAAGCACUAAAGAAGUUUCAUAAAUAUAGCGAACUGAUCAUUCUUUAUCAGCGGAAGGGAUUACACAGGAAAGCGCUAGAAUUUCUAGUUGAGGAAUCUAAAAGAAUAGAUUCUCCUUUCAGUAUGGGUGACGAAAUAGUGAGAUAUCUACAGCACUUAGGUGAAGAACACUUAAAACUAAUUUUUGAGUUUUCUGAAUGGAUAUUAGAGAAUCAUCCUAAUAAUGGUUUAAAAAUAUUUAUCGAAGACUUGCCUGAAGUAGAAAGCUUACCGAGGAUAGAAGUAUUAAAUUACUUAAGCGAAAAACAUCCGAAGCUUACUAUACCGUAUUUAGAACACAUCAUUCACGUGUGGAAAGAUAUGAAUUCGCAUUUUCACGAUAAGCUAAUUCGCGAAUAUUGUAAUAGCAUUCGUGGCAUGAUGAAAAAGUAUCUCGACUGCUUGCCCGAAGGCCAGCUGCCCGUUCAAGCCGGCACGGAACCGGGCGAAUUAGGGAGUCUUAGAAGCCGACUGAUUACUUUUCUAGAGGAAUCGGAGCAUUAUUCCUUGGACAAAUUUCCGGCAUUUCUUUUAAAAGAUCGUCUUUACGAGGAAGCUGCCAUCGUGAAAGGUAAACUAGGAAAACACGAGGAAGCUUUAAUAAUAUACACACACAUAUUACAAGCACCGGAGAAAGCAGAGAGAUACUGUAUAAAAAAUUAUAAAUCCAGAAACGAAGACGAACAGAUAUUUUUCUUUCUUAUUAAAAUGUACUUGUGCGAUUAUAAUAAAUUAAAUUUGAAGUUCUUAUCAGCAGCAGGAAUCAAUAUACCAAUUAUAAGAACAGAUAUCAAAAAAAGCUUACAACUCUUAAAAAAAUAUGCAAGUAAUAUAGAUCCGCUAGAGACAUUGUCAAUUCUUCCUUCUACCGUCUCUCUGAACGAAAUAAAAGAAUUUCUGACGUACACGCUAAAGAAAACCGAAUCGGAAAGACACGCGACGCAACUGGUGAAAAGUUUGUUAGCGGCGGAAAAUUUGCAGGUCAACAUUCUCAGGAUCCGAUGCCAGUCUUACAAAUUAGUGAUCACCGAACUCGACGUGUGUAGGGUGUGUAAGAAACGAAUAGGAACGAGCGCUUUCGGACGCUUCCCGAACGGCGUCAUCGUUCAUUAUUCUUGUAAAGAAAAGUAUAAUUUUAGAUAAUUUACAGUAAUUUGAAUUAAGUUGUAAUUAUUUGUAAUUCAAUGUUGAAUGCUUUAUCAUUGUAAAAAAAAUUUUAAAGAGAUUACUAAUAAUGUAAGUAUAAAAUACUUCAAUAAAUACUGUUUGAACUAAGA